AUGUACUUUUCAAACCCUGUCUCCUACAACAAAUUCUUUGAAAUGUUGGAGUACCCCGAGAAGGCUGACCCUCAGGACUUGGACACCAAGGCACCUUCAUACCCACUGAAGUUGGAGUAUCAUUCAUCGUCGCACCCCCAUGAUUUGUACUCGCAGUAUGCAGGCGCGGCCGCGGCCGCGACUUCAACCGUUGGCGUCGGCGUUGGCGGCAUCGGCGGCAUCAACGGCGGAGUUUCCGGCGCUACGUCCCAUAACGGCGGCAUCAUACCCGCGUACAGUUUCCACCCGUCGAACCCCGGGAUGGUGGCGUCUGCCAGCCAUGGUGGCAGUGAGACCACCUCCUACAAUAACAGUCCUCAGAUUCAUUAUAAUCCUAAUCCAAACACCCUGGGGAUUUCGGUUGCGGCUGCAAACAAUUUCAAUUACCCUUCCUCUGGGAAGGAUCUAUUCUAUUUACAAAGUUUUAAUAAUAGUGCCAUGUUCAAUACUACUGCUGCCGCCGCUGCUGCCUCCGGCACUGUCCCGGGCCCGGGCCUGGGCUCCGAUCCAACCUACACUAAUAAUAAUCUUGCCGUACUCUCCGGUAAUGGAUCACAGUACCCGAUGGUGUCGCAGCAUAUCCCUUUAGCUCUCCCCACGUUGAUGGGUCCAGGCAGCGUGGCCGCAGCAGCUGCAGCAGCAGCUGCAACAGCAGCCGCUACUGCCGUUAGCACCGGCACCGGCUCCUCCGCCGGUGUAUCAUCCUCGACGGGAACCCCCUUGGUUGGCGGCAUUUCUAGCGACUACUCCGAUUACUCCCACCCAUCGACCCUUGACUACUACAGCAAGCCCUCACCACGACUCCAACCCUCCGAGUAUGACCCUCGAACCCAGCUCAACUCGAUGAAUGCUCCCUUGACCAAGAUCAAGUUGGAACAUCAUCAGUACCAACAACAAGAAGUCCUGCAACAACAACAACAACAACAACAAGAUCAACCACGUUAUUCGAGCCAAUACCAACUUUCUACUGGUGGAGGCGGAAGACGAUUCCGAGUCAUCCGGGGGAUGUCUGCUGGUGGAUCCACCAGUAAGCCCCCCAAAGUGUCACCCAAUUGCACCAGUGACUUUCAACCAGUGGAGUUGGAAAUCAUUGAUGGGACCGUGGAGGACAUUUGUUUCCCGAAAUGGAACUACGAGGAGAAGCUGGAUCGUCGAAGAAUCGUCAGGAUUGAACGUACUCAAGAAGGAUCAAAACUUGUUGCCAAAUUCCUGAUUGUCGGAUCUGCCGCGGAGCAUCCGGUCCCGGUCCCCGCCACCAACCCCAACGUUGAUGUCAUUGAAGUAUCUUGUUUGGAAUGUUCUAUCCGUAACGAUUAUUAUGGUGAUGAGGAGACUCAAGACAGUGAUGAUGGUGGAGGACAUAGUCCUAAAUCGAUGGCUAAUGGUGGCGGCGGAGGAAGUCGCAGUUCCUUCCAAGACGAGCUUGGCUACCGCCACCAAUACUACAUCACGUCAGUGGAAGUGGUUGGCAUUGUUGAGCUUUUGAUUGGAACCCAAUUGAAAGACCCAGCAGAACGGAGGAAAGAACGAGGCCGGGUGAGAUCGAACUUGGUGCCGUUCUGGUCCAAGAAGCCGAUCAGUUCACGUGAGACCGAGGAGUCCCUCCAGGGCAGCGAUUUCCGGUGGGAAUUGGCCAAACGGAUCAUGGGCUACGAGAUGAGGAAGCCCCGAGGCUUCGACAAGGAGGUUCGGAUCUUGCGCUGGGACAAGUUGAUCCCGGCGUUGAAACGAGCACUCCAGAGUUACUACACGGAGAUCCCACGCGAUGGACCAGCUCCCGCGCCCCACUACUACGGAUGA